AUGAGUAGAUUUACUAAAACCCACAUGACCUCACCCAUGUACAUCCCUAACAUGGAAACAGCCCCUUUCUUCAAGGUGACUGUGUUCGAGGGGGAGCACUUCCAGGGCAGGUGUCAGGAGUUCACCUCCGAGUGCUGCAACAUCCACAACUGCGGCCUGGACAACAUCCGCUCCAUCCGGGUGGAGAGUGGAGCCUGGGUGGGAUUCGAGCACCUCGACUUCCAGGGCCAGCAGUUCGUGCUGGAGAGGGGCGAGUACCCCAACUGGGAGGCCUACAGCGGCUCCCUGGCCUACCACAGCGAGCGCUUCAUGUCCUUCCGCCCCGUCUUCUGCGCCUCUCACCACAGCAGCCGCAUGAUGAUCUUUGAGAAGGAGAACUUUCUGGGCCGCAGCACCGAGCUGUGCGACGACUUCCCGUCCCUGCAGGCCAUGGGCUGGUUCCGGCCCGAGGUCGGGUCCAUGCACGUUCAGUGCGGCGCCUUCGUGUGCUACGAGUACCCGGGCUAUAGGGGCCAGCAGUACAUCAUGGAGUGUGAGAAGCACAGCGGAGACUACCAGCACUGGAGGAACUGGGGCUCCCACUGCCAGACCCCCAAGAUCCAGUCCAUCAGACGCAUCCGGCACUGAGAGGGGACCGAUCAGAACCGGGAGCGGCUCAGGCUAACACCUGGGCGCCGGGCUUCAGGCUAACACCUGAGCGCCAGGCUUCAGGGGCUCAGACUAACACCUGGGCGCCGGGCUUCAGGGGCCCGAGCUGUUGACACCUUGACCUUGAGGUUUGGUCCAAGGUCUCAAAGGUCAGGAUCAGACCAUGAGUGACUUAGCAGCUCCAUCUUUAUUGCAUUGUUUCAGAACAAGUGAAAUAAAGCAGAUUGAGAACAUUAAGAAGUCAUUUCUGUCGUUCCUGUGCCAGAAUAUUAAGUUUUUAAUUGCAAAACGUGAAA